CAACACAACACUUGGAAAACUCGUGGUUGCGACCGCAUUGUUUUUGUUGCGCAGAUUUUGAUUCGAUUUGAUGUGUGAAACUGCCGUUGAGCCUGGAAGCAGCCUAAGAGUACCCAGGCAGGAUGUCCAUGCGGCGACAGCGCAUCAAGGCUCCGGCCAACCUGUCGCUUAUCAAACGCAAGCCACGCAAGGAGGAGCUCCCAACGACGAAAAAGGAGGAUGAGGAGGAGGAGGUGGUGGCAGCAGUGGUUGAGUCCCCGCCCGUUGCAUCGACCCCUGCAGCGGAAAUGGAACUAGAGGCUGAUGCAAUCGCCUUCAAGAUGCCCGCUAGCUCGGCUGGCCAACUGGAAGAGGUAUUCCACUCGGACAUCGAGGACAAUGUCAUUCAGAUGGAUUUGCAGAAGACCACGAACGGUUUCCCUAUGUCGCCGAGCAAGGCUCAAGCCCGACAGCGUGUGCGACCCACCCCGGUAUUUGGCCAGCGACGCAACAGUUUUGUAGGCUCACCGAUGGCCAGUGAUUAUGACGGCGACUAUCAGUCGCCAGCCACGCCCACGCGGCGUGAGCGCUACCUUAGCGGUUCUUCGUCGGGAACUCCUCUGCAGCAGCAGGUGCACUCUCCUAUGCCUCCAUCCCCCUAUAAAUACCUUCCGCCCGCCAGUCCGGGCAUGGGACGCAUUCGCACAGAAUCAACCUGUUCCACCUAUUCUGAGGGAGGCAGCAAGCACAGAAAGGGCGAUGAUAAGUCUCAAAAUCAAGGUGGACAGCGGUUAAAUGCCCGGCGAGACUUUGAAACGCGUUUCAAUAAGGGUGUGCCCGACAAGUCCACGUUCAAGAUGAUGGACAUGAUCUUCUACAAUCCGGAGAACAACCCCAUGGUGCCCAAACAGUCGGUGACGACCAUCAAGGAUGAAUCUGGUAGCGAUGAUUCCAAGCCCUCAGUGGGUCAGCUACUGGAGCCGAAGGGAGAGUCCACAUCCGCUAUGUUAGUGCCUCAGCUAAAGCUUGAUGCCAAUGGCGAGAUGAUUAUUGAUGAAAAAACAUUGGAAAUCGAAACCACGGCCGAGGUGGAGGCCCGCAAGGUGCUAGCCAACUCAUCUUUAAUCCUAAUGGACGAGACAACAGGUGAUAAUGGAUUCUACAAACGACACAAGCGCACGCCAUACUGGACCUCCGAUGAGACCGUACGUUUCUAUCGUAGCCUGCAGAUUAUCGGGACGGACUUCUCGCUGAUGUGCCAAAUGUUUCCAACGCGUUCGCGUCGAGAUCUAAAGCUGAAGUACAAAAAAGAAGAGCGGACCAAUGGGCAGCUGAUUAACAAGGCGCUACUUUAUCCAAAGGCCUUCAACAUACAGGAGCUUAAGGAUCAACUGGAAGAGGAGGAUCGCGAACGCGAAGAAAAUGAUCGUCAGUGGAGGGAAAUCGCACGAGCUCUUCCGGGAAACCCUAAAAAGCGUUCGAGAAUACAGCAGCAAAGCAAGGCAUCCCGGGCCCUGAACGAUGGCGAUGUUGUCUACGAAAACGAGAACGUAACGAGUACAAAGCUCGGUAAACAGGCCUGGGCCAAAAGGCGAAAAGAAUUGGAGACUGAUGAGAACGACGGGAGUGCGCCUGCCAAAAAGAAGCCCAAGGCUAAGCGACGGUCUCCCAAGGUUCCAGUUCCAACGACAACGGAGAGUCAGUCCGAUCUGGCGGCCAUUAAGCAGGAAAAAACGAUCAAAACCGAACAAACAGGAAGUCAUUUACCAACAGGGGGAGAACUGCAGGCUGAGCUCAAUGGACUUCUAAUGGAUGAUCCGGUGGAAUAUGAAGUAGAUGUAAACAAGCCACGUGAUAAAACUAUGAUCAAUAUGGAUGAUGGUACCCUAAGCUAUGUAAGCGACGUCGAGCUCACAACUGACACGCCCAAUCGAAAGGCAGAAACAUAUUUAAUAAACUUCAUGGAAGACCAAGAUCAUGGUCAUGAAGUUAUUACGCCGGAUGAUCCCAUUCCGCCGUCCACUACCGAACCGGAUAUCGAACAAAUUCUCGCCGAGCUCGCGGAAGGAUCUUUGGCCCUCGUCUCGUCCUUGGAUCCAGAGCACGAGGACCGGGUGCUCAACGAAAUCUACAUGCUGGACAAGAAGACGGGCGAGUUGUGCGAAACGCCGCUAAAAAUACCAGAGCAUAUUGUUCAAUGCAUAAUGAAUGUUAUGCAGCUAGAGGACUAAAAACAUUUUAUAUUUAUAUUCUAAGAGUAUUUGUUAACAGUUAUAAUUUAUUAAAGCAUUUCGCUAGAUGUAUUUACAAAAGUAUUUCUUUGUUCGUUGCAAAUUAAAACGGAAAUGCGAGUAUGGGAA